UGCCUAUUUAGAAUCUAACACGGCAGUUUCUCAGUGCUAUGAUUUUGGAUUUUCUAUGAAGAAAUUUGCGUGACAUGUCGAUUUAUUUCGAUCUUCCUGUACAUCCGGAAGUGGUUUCUACAGCUAAUAGCUCUAAGGAAUUAUUGAUUGAUGGACUGUUUAGCUCGUCACGUAAGUUUUUCUCUAAAGAUCGCAUGACCGGUACAGUCAUGUCAGUAGGAGGUUACGGCACAGUACGAGGGGACAUACUUGUUCCGGGGCAGAUAUUACCAAUCGCAAUCUGUCUUUCCUGUCCCAAAAGAAUUCAAAACACUUCAGUUGAACGGAAGACGCACCCGUGGGUGGGGCUAUUAUCAAACACCAUAUGACGUCGCAGAUCGAUCGUGACGACAGAAGACUGUUUCAUGUACUUCGCACAGUGUGCUAAUCUCGUGCUCUCUAUCGCUCCCAAAACAAGCCAGGAUUCGAAAGGUGCGUGUAACAUUUAAAUCUGUGUCCAGGGAAGAAAAAAUAGCCUUGCUCAUUCCGCGUUCUCAUUCCAGCCUUUAGGGGAAACUAUUCAGGAGGAUGAUGAUGAGGGUAAUGUUAGGAUUUUGGCGAGUACAACUCUUCCUCGUAAUCUUCAGCGCAUCUCUCUUCGCAUCUGUUAUUCGCAAGACGUCAGCUGCGGGUGAUUAUAGACAGUGCUCUUUGAGACAGAACAGAACGUGCUACCAGUAUUCACUCGCACGAAGACGAAAUUUGACAUGUGCAGUAAAAGGCGACAAAUUCAGGAACUGCCAACAGAUUGGUAAUGCUGGAGCUUUGAAUCUUACCUGUGUUGCCCCAGAUGCAUGCAAGCAGAAAUGCCUUGCCAGCAACUGCCAAUCUCUCAAGUGCAACUCAAAGAAGUGCAAUCAAUACUGCAUCCGUGGACGUUGCAACAUGGAAUGCAAUUCAGACGAGUGUGUUCAGGAAUGCGCCGUCAGUGGAUGCGAAAUGACCUGUCCUGCAGGUGCAAAGCGUUGCACCCAGAAAUGCAGUCGAGGUAACUGCAAAAUGCAUUGUCCAUCGGGAGUGCAAUAUUGCAAGCAGUCGUGCAACAAAGGAAGAUGUAUUAUGCUUUGUGAUGGGAAAGAAUGUUCCCGUUCUUGUCGCUACAGUAAAUGCCUUUACAACGCUGAGCCCGAAAAAGUAACUGCUCCCGUAGUCACAUCAACUUGCAACAGGGCAAUAGCUCGAAGACAGAACAUUUGUUACCAGCAUUGCUUGUCGGGGGACUGUAAAAUGAUGAGUGUCGACGGCUAUUCCAUGCAGAGUCAAGUCUGCUACGGAGGAAACUGCAACAUGAGUUGCAAUGCAGGAGAAAAAUGCAGCCAAGUUUGCGUUGGACGACAAUGCCAGCUCGUCACCUGUGCGUCAGACAUUUGCAUUCAGGAAUGCAUUGCUGGAGGUUGUCAUAUGGAAUGUUAUUCAAAAAUUUGUACUCAAAUUUGCAGAAAGGGAAAUUGCCGGAUGGCCUGUUUGUCUUCGAACUCCAAAGUCUGUUAUCAGACUUGCAUUGGUGGAGGUUGCUUGACAUCGUGUGAAGGUGAGAACUGCAGCCCUAGAUGCUUUGGUGGAAACUGCAAGCACUCCCUUUAUCAGCCUCCUGGCUUAAUAGCUACAGAAGCUUGCGACGAAAUAAAAGAUGAGACAUGUGUUCAGAGCUGUUCAUCAAGGAUUGGCUGUGCAGUGACGAAUAGGCCCUCAAAUCCAUUGCAAAUUUCCAAUCAGACCUGCAGCGACGGCUUCUGUUUGAUGAAUUGUACUGGUUCAGAUGUUUGCAACCAAGUCUGCUCUGGCCAGAAGUGCUACACGUUAUCCUGUAAUUCUAGAGAGUGCGUGCAGGUAUGCAGUGGAAAAGAUUGCGGCUUGCUUGAGUGUUAUGCAAAUACAUGCACGCAAAAGUGCACUGGUUUGGGAUGCCAUUUGAAAUGUCACCCGUCUGUCGAAGUGUGCCAUCAGAUCUGCAUCGCCGAGAAAGGAAGGUGUUCUCUGGAGUGCUGGGCAAGGCAGUGUGUCACAACUAUGUUGUAGUUUGUAAUUAAUUUGAACGUACUUGUUAUACCAAACAUAUUAGUAAUAAAAUUUUUUACAAGCCUUGAAAAGGUUUAAUAUUUGGGACAAGCUUACAGUUAUGGACUAUGUGAAGAAGGCGACAAAAAAUUGCUGUCAGUAAAAGAACGUACAGAAUCAUAAAUCGCCGCAACUUGAACUAGAACAACUGAGUGACAGCCUCAAUAUAAUUACCUUGUCCAGGCAUUCACUCUGUUGGGGAACAGCGCGCGACGAACUAAACGUGGGCAGACCAGAUUUUGUCCCCUCUCGCCAAACUCAUCUACUAAAUUUAGUGGUUGUCAAUUCUCUUAAUGUUACUACAGUUUAUUGUGCCUUUGUGUAACGGCUGAAAAGCGAGUUUUGCUAGUGCGAAAAGCGUUUCUAUUUCCGAAAUAUCAGUUCCUGCAUAUUAUAGUACCUUCCAGGGAAAUUAGUAGACGCAAAAUAGACAGCAGCUUGUUGCAGCUUCACCAUAUUUGACUAGCCUCGUGCAACGUUAUUAUCAUUUUAGGCGAUUCGAGUUACUGUUAUUCUUUUAAUUUCAAGCUUUCGCCAAUCUGCGGCAUCGUCUGGGAAUGUAAAGAUUCCACGGUUCGUGAUAUAAAAAGCGGUGUAGUUGACACGAAUCGGAUUAGAAUAUAAAUUAAGGACAAUAAAUUAUGCAAAUGUGGCGAGGGCAACACACAAUAACAUGGAAACUCGCUAAUGAGUGGUAGCGAGAACAAAAGCUUGGAAUUAAAAGAAUAACAGUAUCUCAAGGCCUCAGCAGAAUGGAAUAUUUAACCACCCAAAAUAGUACUGAAGGACAACGUCAAGCGUUUCACUAUAACUGUUAUGGUUUCAAAGCUUUAAUUGUAUAAUUUCGUUGCGAUAAAGAGCAAAAGGAAGUAACAGACAUAGUAAUAAAAACUUGUACAGAUUCUUUUGA